UGGUUAUCCUUUCCACUUCCUUCUCCUUGAAUAAGAAGCUGUAACUGCAGUUUUGGCCGUAAUGUCUGGACGCGGAAAGCAGGGAGGUAAAGCUCGCGCCAAGGCCAAGUCGCGCUCGUCCCGCGCCGGCCUGCAGUUCCCGGUGGGCCGAGUGCACCGCCUGCUGCGCAAGGGCAACUACGCCGAGCGGGUGGGGGCCGGCGCGCCGGUGUACCUGGCGGCAGUGCUGGAGUACCUGACGGCGGAAAUCCUGGAGCUGGCGGGGAACGCGGCCCGCGACAACAAGAAGACGCGCAUCAUCCCUCGCCAUUUGCAGCUAGCCGUGAGAAAUGACGAAGAGCUCAACAAGUUACUCGGGGGUGUCACCAUUGCCCAGGGCGGCGUCUUGCCCAAUAUACAGGCGGUCUUGUUGCCCAAGAAAACGGAGAGUCACAAGCCUGGCAAGAACAAGUAAUUAGGAAGCUUGAGACCAUCCCCACUAACCCCAAAGGCUCUUUUAAGAGCCACCAAAGUGUCAAAUGAGGGGCUGAUCACGAAAUAGCGCAUUAGCUCUUUUUUUGAAAAUUUGGGUGGCUCUAAAAAGAGCCUUUGGUCUUUGGCUUGUCAUGGUUUAUUUGCUUUUGGCUUUGUGGCUUUCGGUUUUCUUUGGUAAGAGAACGGCCUGGAUGUUAGGCAGCACGCCGCCCUGGGCGAUGGUGACUUUGCCCAACAGCUUGUUCAGCUCCUCGUCGUUGCGGAUGGCCAGCUGCAGGUGGCGGGGGAUGAUGCGCGUCUUCUUGUUGUCGCGGGCCGCGUUCCCCGCCAGCUCCAGAAUUUCCGCCGUCAGAUACUCCAGCACCGCCGCCAUGUAGACCGGCGCGCCGGCCCCUACCCGCUCGGCGUAGUUGCCCUUGCGCAGCAGGCGGUGCACUCGUCCCACCGGGAACUGCAGGCCGGCGCGGGACGAGCGCGACUUAGCCUUAGCGCGGGCCUUGCCUCCCUGCUUUCCGCGACCCGACAUGACUGAAGGUGAGGCUACAACACCUAAAGCUCUGAACCUCACAACAAAACAGGAUUGAAAGAUCAGCGAUUGAAAAGCCUUUAUAAGCUUUGCUAGGGGUGGGGUCAGGAACGAGUUUUUCAUUGGUCCUAAAUUGGCUCCAGAACUAGCCAAUAAGGCCAAGAGUAGGUGCUGUUACGUAGUUAUUACUGAUAACGCAAGGUCCCUGCAAGGCCCAAUGGAAAUGAAGGACUUUUGGAGCCCUAAUUUGCAUACGGUGGUUAUAAAAGGAUCAGGCCCGCCCAUUCUCGCACUUCUUUUCUUUGCUAACGCGUGUGGUGUUGUACAAUGCCUGAGCCGGCAAAAUCCGCUCCCGCGCCCAAGAAGGGCUCGAAAAA